ACCCAGGAGGAUGGUAGUGCUGCCCACCCGUACGUCCUGUCUAACCCCGUGACCCCUGCUCUGCCAGCCUUCCCCCGGGUCACCAACACCUACGGCUCCUACCAGGAUGCCAACAUCCCCUUCCCUCGUACCUCCGGGGCUCGCUUCUGUGGCACCGGCUGCUUGGUGUACUUCACAAGACCCAUCACUAUGCAUCGCUCGGUACCACCCACUGAACCCACACCCAGGUCCCUGUCGGCCCUGUCUGCAUACCACAGUGGGGUCCUGACUCCUAUGAAGAUGCGUAGUGAGUCUCAGAGCUCUCUGAGGCUGUACAGUGGCAGCCCCACCCACACGGACAAGGACCAUGUCUCCAUAUCAUCAUUCUACUACAAAGAACGGAAGCCUCCUCAGUCUGGCCUUCGCCGCUGGUCCAUUCAUGACUGCCCGAAGUCUCGCCGGUUCAAGACGAAGCGCGAGGGAGCCGACUACGGUAACAGACCCGUGAAGCUGGCAGGGAAAAUCAUCAUCCAGGAGAUCUCCUGUCUGCUGCCUGUUCACAAAGCCCUGGGGGAGACGUACAUUCUGAAUGUGAACGACAUACAGGACACGUGUCAGAAGAAUGCAGCAGCAGCUCUGGUGGUGGGACGCAGAGACGUGGCUAAGGUGUGGGCCCUGGCCUCGGCUGCCACCAGCCUAGAACUCAGUCCUGACUCUGACCCUGAUGCAGACGCUCCCUGGGCCAGACACCCGUUUGGUCGCCACCUGCUGGAGACUCUUCUGGACCACUACAGUCUGAUGAGUGAUGUCCAGACUCUAGCCAUGCUGUGUAGUGUGUUCAGGACUCCUCUUCUGGACCACUACAGCCUGAUGAGUGAUGUCCAGACUCUAGCCAUGCUGUGUAGUGUGUUCAGGACCCAGGGCUGUUCCCAGGACUACUUCUCUCUGUAUGGACAGCAACGCUCUUCUCUGUUUCCCCCUCAUCACUCCCGAUACCCCAGCUACACAUCCAGCUCUGUGUCGUCAGGCUCCUGUUACAGCACCUCAGACUCCACCACCACCACCACCACCUGGAGCAUCGGUCGAGACCCGGAGCAGGUCCCUCCCUUGGGGGAGUCCUCGCCUGACGACUAUCGCUACGCCAACCAGAUGUACACAGACCCCCGCGAGCGAGAGAGAGAACAACACGACAUGAAUAAAAGGCUGCUGGACCCAGCCAACACCAUGCAGUUUGAUGACUUUAAGAAGUGUUACGGGGAGAUCCUCCAUCGAUGGGGUCUGAAGGACAAGAGAGCCGAGGUCCUCAAGUUUACAUCCUGUCCUCCUGAACCGCACAAAGGCAUCGAGUUUGGUGUGUACUGCUGCCAUUGUCGUAGCCAGGUGCGGGGGACUCAGUGUGCUGUGUGUAAGCGCUUCACCUUCCAGUGUGCCAUCUGUCACGUGGCUGUCCGAGGCUCCUCUAACUUCUGUCUGAGUUGUGGUCACGGGGGGCACACCUCCCACAUGAUGGAGUGGUUCAGAACACAGGACGAAUGUCCCACAGGCUGCGGCUGCCACUGUCUGCUACAGAGCACCUUCUGAGAGAGACGCUGGGACACAGACUGAUGCAGACUCACACACACACACACACACACUCACUCACUCACUCACUCACUCACUCACUCACUCACUCACUCACUCACUCACUCACUCACUCACUCACUCACUCACUCACCACACACACACACACACACAUAUACUCACACACAUAUACUCACACACACACACACACACACGGACGUUUAACCCUACUAAAACACAUGUACACACACACACACAGCAGUCCAUUAAUUUAGUCCUGGAACGCUGUGGUCUGGAGAGGUUGUUAUGAUGAGAUGCUGAGGUAGAGGUUGUUAUGAUGAGAUGCUGAGGUAGAGGUUGUAUAAUGAGAUGCUGAGGUAGAGGUUGUAUAAUGAGAUGCUGAGGUAGAGGUUGUAUAAUGAGAUGCUGAGGUAGAGGUUGUUAUGAAGGCCUUAAUGCCUUGAUGUUCCCCCACACAAUAAACAUUUGAUUGAAUACAAA